CAGGCGGUUAGCUAAGGCUAGUUAUGGCCAUGAUAAGAGCUUGAGUCUGAUCCUGUAAGGAAUAGCUGCCUGAGAGUCACUCCUCAGGGUAAAUGAUACCAGAGGUGCUGUACUUCGCCGCAGUGCCCUCCAUUGGUGUUACAACUAGUAGUGGCAGGUCGAUGCUCUCCUCGUUAGAGAGUCUCGGUAGUUCCCCUUCUUGACACACCUUUUGUUGUCUCGUCGAGCUGGAGUCAGCUAACGGUUGCUACCGAGCAUCACCCGCGUCGACUACCCGACACCGGUAAAGUGAAGCCGGGGUUAAAGAGUUACUCUGAAGCCAGGAGCUGAGAAGUGACAACCAACACCCUGCAAGGUAGCUCGUCUUGAUGAGUGGUGAUGAACUGAACCCAGCUGCAGUGGCUCAGCCAGUAGAGGAUGUACAAGGAGAUGGACGGUGGAUGUCACAGCACACAAGAUUUGUGCAGGAGUGUAAGGAUGGUGAACCAGAUGUGCUUUUUGUGGGGGAUUCUAUGGUACAACUAAUGCAGCAGUAUGAGGUCUGGAGGGAGUUGUUCUCUCCUCUUCACGCACUCAACUUUGGCAUUGGAGGGGACACCACCUGUAAUGUGCUGUGGAGGCUGGAGAAUGGAGAGCUGGAGAACAUCCGUCCCAAGGUGGUGGUGUUGUGGGUAGGAACCAACAAUUACGAACACACAGCCGAGCAAGUUGCAGGAGGAAUUCUUGCUAUUGCACAGCUACUCACGUCCCGCCUCCCAAAGGCAAAGAUAGUUGUACUGGGUCUGUUGCCUCGAGGGGAGCGGCCCAACCCGCUAAGGGAGAAGAACGCUGCCAUUAACGCGUUCCUGCGCUCCUGGCUGCCGCGUCUGGGCCAGGCUCAGUUACUGGAUGUGAGCGGGGAGUUUGUCCACUCUGACGGAACCAUCAUCCCACAGGACAUGUUUGACUUCCUUCACCUGACGUCAACAGGCUACCGCGCCGUGGCCAAGCCCCUCUGUGACCUGCUGCUUCAGAUACUGGAGGAGACGCCAGAGGAGAGACGGGCGUCACUGGUUUGAGGGCCGUGGCUGAGCAAUACAUUUAUCCAGAGGCAUGUCUCACCCGCUGCUGUUGGAGAUGGGGGAGACGUGCCCCUGGUGCCUGGAGGAGGAAGGGCUCACUCACAGAGGGGGGGGGGUACCCUGAUGUGAGUGGGCCCACAAGGGGUGUGGGAUGACAUUCAUGAGAGGAGGGUUGGGUGUGGAGAGGUGCUGAAGAGGGGGAGAGACCUCACUACAGACGUAGACACUGUGAUUGCAGUAGUAAGCUCUAUUGCAAAAGGAUUUACCAAGGUCAGACUACUCUGAAUCAUACACAGAUAUACUGAGAUAUGUGGGACUGCAGUGGCACACACACAGAUUAAUCUUGGCCUGUGGAUAAAGAGAACGUUUCCCUCUGUCACCUUUGCCUCGGAUACAUGAUACAAAACAAAAAAUUUCUUCCCUCAUGUUUUGUUUGAUGUCCGCAAAUGUGUUAAAUGCGCGGCCUUACUAUUAACACAUUAGAAGUCCAGCUCAAAGCACACAGUAGGGAGAACAUUAUCCAGCAUUGUACAAUGUUAUGAGUCUUACCAGUAUACUACAGAGCAGUGGUUCCCAACCUGGUGGUCAGCCCCCCCCCCUCCCACCAGGGGAGGCCAAGAAAAA